GCGGCUCAGGCGAACGAGAGGCUCAAUUUGGCCAACGAGGCAGCUAGGUCGGUCGCCGCGGAUCUCAACAGACCGCUGGUACCUCUGGUCACCAACGGGAUAGUGGCUCCGGCAGUGAUCCAGGCAGCAACGGUAGGCCCCGAUGGAAGAGGGCAGGACACACCGGAAGUGGCGGCGGCGAAGGCGGCUCACGCGGCAGCCCAAUUCAACGAGAGGAUCAACCUGGCGAACGAGGCGGCCAGAUCAUCGGGGACGAUAGUGACGGCUGCCCCGGCAGUCGCGGUACCCCUUGUGGCCAGCAACGCCGUUGUGGUGCCCGCUGCGCCCAUCGGCCCUGACGGCAGGGUGCAAGACACCCAGGAAGUGGCUGUGGCGAAGGCAGCCCACGCGAACGCUCAUCUGAACGAGAAACUGAACCUGGCCAACGAGGCAGCCAAGUCUGCCGACGUCCUUGCUGUUGCUGGCCCCGCGCUCGCCUAUGGACGCCUCGUCUAUUGAUUAACUGAUAUCGUUUCUGACACGUUCACCGCUUGCGUCUUUCUAUUCGAGUCGGCACGUACUUUUACUCACACGGAGAAAAUCAUGAAAUUUUGUCGAGAAAAGGCAGGAAAAGCUUUCAUAAUAAUCCAUAUUAAGUAGUGAUUCAUAUAUAUAUAUAUAUAUAUAUGUGUGUAAAGUUUUUGCGACGUAGAAAUAGCUUUUGUAUGAAAAUUAUUCGUGUUAGCGUGUUAGAAUAUAUGUAGGUACCGAGGAUUUGAUCAUCGCAGUGAACGUGUUAAUUAAAAAUAAACGAAGGAUCAUUCGUGAUUAAUUAGUCGAUACUUAUUAGUUGCUCGUAGCGAGGGGAACAUGGGCUAUGGAUGGGGAACGAUUUACGGUGUUCUCUCGAAGAAGGUAUAUCUUUUUUUUUUUCUUCCAAUGAUUCGAUUGGCCAGCUUCUGUUUUAUCGUUUAAUUAUUUAGAUUCGAGAGAAAAAAGAAACAAAAAUGGGCUAUGAAAAAUCAAGCAAAUUAAUCGUUUUGAUCGUUGCUUUCUAUUCUUUUUGUGAUCCUUUUAAUUUUGAUAUUUUUUCGAAGGGAUGAUAAAGUUGUUGAAACUGCCAUGUAGAAGCGAACGAUGAUUGUAGACUGGUUUAAAUAAAGUGAAUUUUGAAGAAA